CAGACAAAACAAUUUAGAUCUAUCCGCAUAACUUUCUUGUCAAUCCGGGAUUGACUUGAAAGUUACUAAGUUCAAAGUCCUCAAGAAAUUUUGUUUUGGAACUGAACUUUUAAAUUUUUAAUAACUGUUUUCCACAAUUCAGAGACCUGACAGCACUCAGGACUGACAUACUGCAACAGCAUGGCCAGUGAUGACGUUUUGAGAGAAGGUGUGAGAACAAAUUUAGAAGCAUGGGCAAAGAAGCUGGAUUGUGGGGGAGACUUGGAGAAACAAAAUCACUUCAAGAAACUAUUCAUCAAAAGAUUACAAAAUUCUCCUGUUGCCAUAGAAACAGACAAGGCAAACGAACAACAUUACGAAGUUCCAACAGAAUUUUUUAAAACAGUUCUAGGGAAGAGAUUGAAGUAUAGUUGCUGCUACUGGACAGAAAUGACGAAAACUUUAGAGGAAGCUGAAGUUGAAUCUUUGAAGAUUUAUUGUGAAUCAGCUAAAAUAACAGAUGGUUUGUCAGUAUUGGAUUUAGGAUGUGGAUGGGGAUCUUUAGGACUGUUCAUCUUACAAACAUAUCCCAAAUGUCAAGUCACAUGUGUUUCCAACUCUAAUACACAGAGAAGACACAUUGAGACAGAGGCUCUGAAGAUGGGCGUGGCUGACAGAUUAGACUGUAUCACUGCGGAUGCCAACUUCUUUUCUACAAACAAAAGAUUUGACAGAAUCAUGUCAAUAGAAAUGUUUGAGCAUAUGAAAAAUUACGAGAUACUAAUGCAGAGGGUGUCGUCAUGGCUGAAACCUUCUGGUUACCUGUUCAUUCAGGUCUUGUGUCACAGACAACAUGCCUACGCAUUUGAUACCAAACCGGGAUCAGAUACAGAAUGGAUGGCUAAAAACUUUUUUACUGGAGGAACUAUGCCGUCCGCAGAUUUGUUCUUGUAUUUUCAGAAAGAUAUAUAUGUGGUAGAUCACUGGGUUUGGAAUGGGCAGAACUACAGCAAAACAUUGGAGGCGUGGCUUGAGAAGACUGACCUUAAUAUUGACAAGGUCAAAGAUAUAUUUAGAAACAAUUAUGGUGAUGAGGCAGACAAACAGUUAUUUAAUUGGCGAUUGUUUUUUAUUUUUUGUUCAGAAGUUUUUGGAUUCAAAGGUGGCAACGAAUGGCCUGUAGCUUUAUAUUUGUUUAAAAAACAUCUUAGUAGUUCUUUAUGAUGUGUUAAUUACUUUUGGGUUUAAAGACGAUCAAAAUGGCUGGUAGCUUUAUAUUUACCCAAUAUUUAAAAUCUUUAUUUAAUCUGUGUUGACAUUACUUAUCAUUUAUAUGUUCAUCUUAAACAUCUUAGUAGCUCUUUAAAAUAUAUCUGGAGACGUCUGGGUUUAUUUUGACCAACAAUUGCUAGUAGCUUUAUAUUUAUUCCAUAUCUUUAUUUGACAUGAAUUAUCAUACAUAUGGUAAACAUCUUAGUAGUUCUCUAUGAUGUAUUGAUGACUUUUACAAUUUCGGGGACCAAAUUAUGGUGUUCUUAGUCUCUCUUUUUCAUUGCGCUUUGUAUCAAAAUGAAAUAGCUAUAACUCAGGUAUUCUAAGUCUCUGAUAUUGGAAGAUAAAUUGAUUGCCACUUUUGACAGCAAGUUUUUAUUGGUCAAGGAAGCCAGAGUACCCAAAGCAUACUUGCCACCUUUUCAAAAUGCCCAUGAGCGUUUUGCGUGCAAGAUGGCUGUCAUAGUCCUAAAAAACCUUCAAGGGGGCAAGCAAAUUCAUUUAAAUGUUGUUUUUUGGCUUCUUCAUACUUUUAAAAGCCUUAUGGCAUUGUAAAAUUAAUUGUUUUGUUUAAAUUGUGGACAAAAUUGCUCUUUCAAAAUUUCAAUUUGGGAGCCUCCAGGGGAAAAUUGCCCGCAAAUAGUGACAGUUAGCAGGUAUGCCAAAGAGAACUUCUAUCUAAGAGAAGAAAACUUGACUAUUUGAAUGAUUGUAGAAAAACUCAAAUUUGUUUCAUUUUGUUAAUUAAUUAAGCCAUUAGUUUUUUCAUUUGAAUUGUUUUAUAUUUGUCAUUUCGGAGCCUUUUUAAGCUGACUAUGCAGUAUGGGCUUUGCUCAUUGUUGAAGGUCUUACUAUGACCUAUAGUUGUUAAUUUCAGUGUCAUUUGAUCUCUUGUGGAGAGAUGUCUCAUUUGCAAUCAUAACAUAUCAUCUUUUUUAUAUCCUUGUCAAUAAUUUGAUACUGGAAAAGUGCAUCUAGUGAAGUAAUUUAUCAACAGCAUAGUUGAAUUUUUAUGUUUUCAAUCAAUAUUGUGGUGCCUAAAAUAUUAUAUAUUAUGAAACUAUAUUACUAGUUUAUUAAAUUAUGGGUUGUAAAUAAAAAUUAUUACUGGUAUUAGUCCAUUUGCCAAUUACCGAUUUGAUUCUGUUAUUACACACCUUUUAAACAAAUUACUUCCCUUUGUCAAGAGUAGACUGGUUCCAUACUGCACACAAUUUUCUAUAGCCAAGAUGAAUUGAAAGUGAUGUAUCGGCGGUUUAACUAAUCGUUUUCACAAAAAAUAAUUUCUGAUAUCUAAAGUAUUUAGUUAAGGUGGCUCGGAACUAUUCGACUGUGCAUAGUUAUACGCAUGAUUACAAAAUUAUAAGUCGUAAAUUCGAUAUAAUUUUUUGAAAUAUUUUGAUUGAUUAGAUAUGUUAAAUCAUUGUAGUCAUGUGACUAAUAGAAUAUUUUUGUUAUUAUCCGUAUUUGUUAAAGGGUCAAAAUGACAUUUCACACAUUUUCACCAUUUUCCAGCCAAUAUUUGGGUUUUAAGCCUUUUUUAGGCAAAAUGUUUUUUUUGCCUUAUCGUUGGCUUCGGUUUUUUAUUGGCUCAUUCUUUGAAGCUAUAUUCCAGCUUUUCAUAUUACAGUUUUGGACCAAUUGUCAUAGAACGUUUUUUUUAAAUUCAUAUAAAAAUAUGUCAACACCUCUAUUUUCCCUAUCAUUUCAUUGAAAAAUGGUCCCUUUUACAUACCAGUUUAAAAGUAAAAUUUUAAGCUUAACUGGUCCGUGAUCCCCUAUUUUUUUUUCGACCAAUUUGAUUCAUUUUCUUUAAAGAAUAAGAUAACAAAAAAUACAGCACUUCUGAUAGAAACUUCGAAUAGGCCCGAGCCUCCUUAAACAUUAAAUUAAUGUUAUCAAAAGAUUUGAAAACCUUAUAAAUUACUCUCAUUUUAGUAAAACAUUAAAUUAAUGUUAUUAAGAGAUUUGAAAACCUUAUAAAUUAGAUUAUUACUCUCAUUUUUGUUAAACAUUAAAUUAAUGUUAUUAAAAGAUUUGAAAACCUUAUAAAUUACUCUCAUUUUAGUUAAACAUUAAUUUAAUGUUAUUAAAAGAUUUGAAAACCUUAUAAAUUACUCUCAUUUUAGUUAAACAUUAAAUUAAUGUUAUUAAAAGAUUUGAAAAGCUUAUAAAUUACUCACGUUACGCACAGGUAGAUUUGGUCUUUCUGCCAGCUCUCCAUUGUAAAUAAAAAUUAAUGUCCCUCAUAAGGGAGACAACAUUUUUAGGGAUCUCUAAUUACAGGGUCAAUUACGGGAAUUGGCAAAUAGCCUAUUGGGGCAUGAUUGAGUUUCAAAUUGUGCUGAAUUUAUAAACAAAACUUAAUAAUAGAUAUAUGUAUAACAAUGACAAUUGAUUUUAUAUUUAUAAUUAUUGCUGUUAAUUUUGAAUUAUACAAUUGAUUUUAUAUUUAUAAAGUAUUGCUGUUAAUUUUUUUUUAUCAAUUUAUGUAAGAUUGACGAAAUAUGUUUAAUGAUUAAAUUAUUUACAGAA